AAGAGGCGAUUGGCUGAGCCUGGCUGGCUAAAAGGAGAGCACCGCUCUCUCCGACCUCUGCACCGCACCAGUCUCACCAUGGCGUUCCUCCUCAAAGGCGUGGCGGGGCACUACAAGGGAGUCCACGCUGCGGCAAGGCUGUACUCCUCUGGAGCUCCAACCACAAAGUUGUUCAUCGACGGAAAGUUUUUCGACUCCACCACCUCAGAAUGGCUGGAUGUGCACAACCCAGCCACGAACGAGGUGGUGACGCGCGUGCCCAAGGCGACGCUCGCCGAGAUGAACACCGCGGCGGAGUCGUGCCAGCGCGCCUACGGACCGUGGUCGGAGACGUCGGUGCUCACACGCCAGCAGGUCUUCCUCAAGUACCAGCAGCUCAUCAAGGACAACAUUAAAGAACUGGCCAAGGUCAUCACAAAGGAGCAGGGCAAGACGCUGGCGGAUGCGGAGGGAGAUGUGUUCCGAGGGCUGCAGGUGGUGGAGCAUUGCUGCAGCAUUACCUCGCUGGUCCUGGGCGAGACCCUGCCGUCGAUCGCGCGCGACAUGGACAGCUACACGUACCGCUUGCCGCUCGGCGUAUGCGCCGGCGUCACGCCCUUCAACUUCCCGGCCAUGAUCCCGUUAUGGAUGUUCCCCGUGGCGCUCGUGUGCGGAAACACGUUCCUGCUCAAGCCGUCGGAGCGCGUGCCGGGCACCGCCAUGCUGCUGGCGCGACUCCUGCAGGACGCCGGCGCCCCCGACGGAACGCUCAACAUCAUCCACGGACAGCACGACGCCGUGAAGUUUGUGUGCGACCACCCGGCCAUCAAGGCAAUCAGCUUCGUGGGCUCCAACCAGGCCGGGGAGUACAUCCACACCCGCGGCUCUGCCAACGGCAAGCGCGUACAGUGCAACAUGGGAGCCAAGAACCACGGCGUGGUGAUGGCGGACGCGAACAAGGAGAACACGCUGAACCAGCUGGUGGGCGCGGCGUUCGGAGCGGCGGGCCAGCGGUGCAUGGCGCUGUCCACCGCCGUCAUGGUGGGGGGGGCUCGUGAUUGGCUGCCCGAGCUCGUGGAGAGAGCCAAGAAGCUGCGCGUCAAUGCCGGCGACCAACCCGGCGCCGACCUGGGUCCCUUGAUCUCGCCGGAGGCGAAGGCGCGCGUCUGCGAGCUGGUGGGCAGCGCCGAGAAGGAGGGCGCCCGCAUCAUUCUGGACGGGCGCAAGGUCUCGGUGAAGGGCUACGAGAGCGGCAACUUCGUGGGGCCGACCAUCAUCACCGGGGUCAAGCCGCACAUGAAGUGCUACACGGAGGAGAUCUUUGGGCCGGUGCUGCUGGUACUGGAGGCCGAUUCCCUUGACGAGGCCGUGAGCGUCAUCAACAGCAACCCCUACGGCAACGGCACGGCCAUCUUCACCAACAACGGCGCGACUGCGCGGAAGUUCACGCACGAAAUUGACGUGGGCCAGAUCGGUAUCAACGUCCCGAUUCCAGUGCCGCUGCCAAUGUUUUCCUUCACCGGCUCCAGGGGUUCGUUCCGUGGGGACGUGAACUUCUACGGCAAGCAGGGCUUCCAGUUCUACACGCAGCUCAAGACGGUGACCGCACAGUGGAAGGCAGAGGAUGCAACGGAGAGAGUUCCCACCGUGAACAUGCCAACCAUGGGCCGGCAGAAUGUCUAACGGGGUGGGGGGGGGCCCCCCUCGUGCCAUGUGACCAGCAAAGACCGUGCACGUGACCCGAUUCCUCUCCUCAGCGUGCCUCGCAAGGCAAUGUUGAAUAAUCCUUGCCAGGACCUUUCCCGGCACACUGAGGACUGAAAUGCCCCUGUAGUUGUUACAGUCUGUGUGGGUCCCCCUUCUUGAAGAGGGGGACCACCAGGGCAUCCUUCCAAUCCUGCGGAACCCGUCCAGUGGUCCAGACUGUUGUUAUGAUGUCAUAUAGGGCAGUCUGUGCACAAACGCCACCCUCCCUCAGCAUUUCGCUUGAGAGAUCAUCUCGGAAGUGCAAUGUCGCAAACCAAACCCCAUUAGUGGAACGAACCCUUACGUGACCGUGUCAUGUUUUUCCUGUAGGCUCACAUGAAGAGGGUAUGGGAGAGAAACGAAAUGUAUCUUGAACGUGGGUUAUCUGCAAAGGCACAAGUCUGUAAUGCCGCCAGCACAGAAAUUUGUGCCGGCGCAAAGGAAGUUUUUUUUAUUUCAUUUUUCAAGAUCUAUAUCAACACUUCUCCGUGGGGCCUUAAUCAUUGAUUUUUGACACAAGCGGAAUUUCAAAGCCGUCAAUUUUUAACGUCCGAUUUUCAAUACUCAUUUUGGUCUCAUCUGUACAUGUCAAAAUAAACCUCUCAAAUGUGA